UCUCCCGUUUCAAAUGAAGUCUGAAGCCGUUGUGGUAAACAUGGCCACAGAAGCGGGAUGUGAGCAUUAUGUUCGCAGCUGUUUGCUGAAAGCUCCCUGCUGCGGGAAGUUUUAUGUGUGUAGGCUCUGCCACGAUGCUGAGGAGGCUCACCAGAUGGACCGAUUUCAGGUGAAGGAGGUCAAGUGUGCCGUGUGCAACUCCAUUCAGCAGGCGCAGCAGGUGUGCAAAUCCUGUGGGGUGAAGUUUGGGGAAUAUUACUGCGACAUCUGUCACCUGUUUGAUAAAAACAAGAAGCAGUACCACUGCCAGCCCUGCGGCAUCUGCAGGAUUGGUCCUAGAGAGAAGUACUUCCAUUGCUUGAAGUGUAAUUUAUGUUUAGUCAGUGAUCUUCAAGGGAAACACAAGUGUGUGGAGAACGUGUCCAGGCAGAACUGUCCUGUAUGUAUGGAGGACAUCCACACGUCCAGGAUCGGAGCCCAUGUAUUGCGCUGCGGUCACCUGCUGCACAAGACUUGCUUUGAUGACAUGUGCAGAACUGGUGUAUUUCGCUGUCCUCUGUGCAUGCAGUCUGUGUGGAAUAUGGAGGAUGCCUGGGAGCAGAGAGAUAAGGAGAUCGCUCAGACUCCAAUGCCUCCAGAGUACCAGCACACUACAGUAAAGAUCCUGUGUAAUGACUGUCAGAGUCACUGCAUGGUUUCUUUCCACGUGUUGGGGAUGAAGUGCAGCAGUUGUGGCUCCUACAACACGGUGCAGGACAGUGGGCUGAUACACCCUACAGAACAACAACAACAACAGCAACAGCAGCAGCAGCCUGAAACAGACACCCAAUGACCUGAGCUGCAUUAGGCUCCCUCCUUUCUUUUCACUCCCUUCUUUUUUUCCCUGUUCUCGCUUCUCUUCCUCCUGUCUCUGACUCAUCUGCCUGGGUCGGCAGGUACUUUUUAAAGGAACACUUCAGCGUUUUCUGCUGCAUCUGUAUCGUACGGUCAGUUACUGCAGACAGUAAUUUUAACACCUGAACUGAAACCUGUUGAUUCAUAACUCACUCAUAAUAGAAGUUAGAGAAAUUAGAAGUCAAUGGGCAGCUGCUGAAUUCUGUUAUAAAAUAAUGUUUGUAAAUAUGCAUAUUAUAUAAUAUAUUCCUUAGUUUUUCCAGAGAGAAGAAUCUGUUAAUUUGUUAACAGUAUACUGAUGUGGGAGGAGCUUCACAGGCUCCACCCAUCACCAUAGAAACCAGACAACCUUAGAGAAAGUAACCGUAACUACUUUUUACUGGUUGCGUCAUGGGACUGUGAUGUUGUCAUUCUGUAGUCGGCCUUGUGCCCAUAUUAGAAACUCUGGAUCUGAGCAGUUUUUCUCUAUGACAAAAAUGAAUGGGGUUCUCAGAGAUUGCUGCUGUCGUACUGUGUGGUAAACAGAAAUGUUCCAGAGCUGCUACGUUUUGUCCAGUAUACGUUUUUCAUUAUGAGGCUGUUAAGGAGCCAAAAUAUGAAUAAUGCCACACCCAUGCUAAUAACUAAAGCUAACGCUCCUGCACAUGAAAAUGAUGCAGCAUAACAUGUAGUGUACUAUUAAACUUCAGCACUGUCAAAACUGCCAGACGCCUCUGAACUCCCACACUGGACGACGCUGCUGGUUUGUUUGGGCUAAUUUUUCUGUACUUGCCGGUUAUGAUGUCAGUUCAGUGCGCAGCAGUGUUAGCUUGCGUUGUAACUGUUGUCCCUCUGGUUCUGUGUUCAUUAAGUUGUAGUACUAGCUCCUACCACUAAUGGCAGUAAUGAGUUCUCAAAGAUCAAGUUAGAGUAUAAAAGACAGCGGUGGUCGUAUUUCAGCUCUGCAGUGACCUCGUAAUUCAGAGGAUUCAGGGACGUUUGGAUGGCAAAUGUACGUACGGCAUUAUUGUUUGUCGGGACACUAUUUUUAUACAUCUUUCCAGCAGAGAAAACCAGCUUAGACCCAGAGUUCCUAAUAUGGGCCUGAUGCCGACUACAGAACUACACGAUCUCAGAGGUCUGUUGUGAAGUUAAACUUCGGUCUGUCUCUUUCUAACACGGGUUCUCUAAGACUGGAACAGCUGUUGUCUAGAAUUUGCAUUAUAUUCUGGUGGGCGACUUGACAGAAGUACAGUAUCACAAUGAUUGAGGAUGUUUUCAUGAUGCACAUUACAAUAUUAAGCUUUUCUAAGGUUUGAUAAGCUAGAAUAGACAGAAUGAACCAACAGACCCUCAUUAGUAGGUUUUUUCACCAAACCCAGUUAAACAGCACUAAUUCUGCUCUCUUUAUAAUGAAACAUGUCGUUGGUCCGUGUUCCUCACAUAAUGACGAUAUUCUCGGUCUACUUGUGACUCGAUGUACCAAAGUAACGCUAAAAUAUGGUCACAUUUCCCACAUAUUUCGAACGUUAAUUCGCAGAAUUGAGCAGCUGCCCUUUGAGUUCUGCUAUAAGUGAGUUUAGAGUGUGUUUUCUGUUCUUUUCAGUAAAAUGUGUCUAAUUUAUCUGUGGUGAUUCUCGACUACAGACGCAGCAGAAAAACGCUGAUUUCUUUAAGAGACCAGCGAAGUGAAAGCAGCUCACCUCACACCUCUACAGCUGCAGGCCUUUCACAGGAGGCUGCUUUUCAGGCUGAUCCCUGCGCGUUUAUCCAGCUUUGUGCAGGAUUUCUCCUCCAGAUCUGUGUCCCAGCGUUUUCCUCCCCCAUGUUUCUGACUGUAACGAUAAUGAACUGCUUCUUAUUUACAGAUUAAACUGUGUGUGUGUCAUAUAUUCUCAUCAUGCGUGAGCUUACAGUGAGUUUAGUGCGAUUAAAAGUGAAUCUCAGGAAACAGGUGUUUAGACUGGGCGGUUUCAGCUGCUCUUUCAUUCAGAUACACAGAUGCUGACUGGCCAGGUUUCCAUCCAGCUGUGGAAGUAAAUUGAAGCCAAUAAUCUCAAAAUCAUUACACGACUAAAGCUGCAUUUCCAUCAGCUCUAAACAAGAGAACAAACCUUCUGAGAACUUCUUGAAGUCUUUAGUGUUGGGCAGCUUCUCACUCACUGCUGUGUGAUAAAAGUGCGUUUUAAUCGGUCACCUGGAAUCUGCUGCCUGUCCGGUAUCUACAGCUACAGAAAUGACAGUCAUGUGACUCUAUUUGCAUAUGUAUUGUUUAAUGCUUUUCCAUCAUGACUUGCUGCAUUUCCUUUUACCUGCAAAAAAACGUCCUAUUUUGAUGUGAUUUGCAAAAUUAUAAUUUUUUAUUUGAUACGGCAAAAUACACAAAAAUGUGUGGAUGGAAGCUUAGCUACUCUAGCGUCAGUCACUCUCGCUGGGGUCUGACGUGAUCUAACUAGAACAGACGUUUAGGGACGAAUUGUUAAAGUUUUGGUGCUGGAUUGCGGUAAAUUUCGACAAUAACAAGGACACGCCCCUCUAAACUCCACCCCGCAAACUUCUCUAGUCUGUGUUUUUUAAAUUCCUCAGUACGAUCAAUAACACGAGCAGAACAAAUGCUAUCUGGAAGUGUUUUUCUCUGUAAGAGGUGUUAUGUAAUUAUUAAAAACGUAUAUAUUACAUUUGUUUAUUUUUACUGUAUUGAUUUCUCUGCGCAUGCGACUCACAUCUGCAUGCUUAAUUUCAGUUGGACAUUUCAGGGGGACGCUACGUCCAUGUGCUGAGGACAGGCUUGUUCUCUGUCAGACAGUGUUGAUGAGCAUACCAGCGCCCCCUACUGUGAGCUCCAACUUCACAAGCUGUUGGAUUGGUUUGGAAAUUUCGCUCUCAGUUUGUUUCCACCCACAUUUAGCCCAGAAUUUCGCAUGGUUGUCCCCACAUGUUCUCGUCAUGAGGUCACCUCUGGCUCUGCAAGACUAGAAUGAAAUGUUGAGGGUUUUUGGUCUGCUAGUAGAUCCAGACUAACCUGUAUCACCUGUACAGCUGUCUGAGGUUGUGCUGCUAAUAAUGUGUUUAAAUUAUAUGACUGUUUAAUCAUUAAAAAUUGAAAAGGC